UCUAUUCAAUUGAGGAUCUAGCACAGUUGAUAUAUGAUCUCAAAUGUGCCAAUCCCGAAGCUAGAGUCAGUGUGAAACUUGUCUCUGAGGCGGGUGUGGGCAUCAUUGCAUCGGGUGUUGUGAAAGGAAAUGUGGAUCAUCUUACGAUAUCGGGUCACGAUGGUGGCACUGGCGCUUCCAGCUGGACUGGCAUCAAACAUGCUGCUUUACCAUGGAAGCUUGGCGUCGCUGAAACUCAUCAAGUUCUCACAAUGAAUAACCUUUGGAGCCGAGUCAAAGCUAAUGCUCAAGCUACAAGCUGA